GAAGGCGGCGGGGGGAGCGCGCGCGCGCGCGCGGGGCGGGAGGAGCGCACCCCACACCAUUAUUUCGGGGGCUAGGCAAAAGGGGGCGCAGAAAUGGCUGGGGCAAUUAUCGAGAACAUGAGCACCCGGAAGCUGUGCGUCGUCGGCGGGGUCCUGCUGGCGCUCCAGGUCGUCGCCUUUCUGGUGGGAGGCUUGAUCGCUCCAGGGCCCACGACGGCAGUGUCCUACAUGUCGGUGAAAUGUGUGGAUGUCCGAAAGAACCAUCACAAGACAAAAUGGUUAAUGCCUUGGGGACCAAAUCAGUGUGACAAGAUCCGAGACAUCGAGGAAGCAAUUCCGAGGGAAAUCGAAGCCAAUGACAUCGUGUUUUCUGUCCACAUUCCCCUCCCCUCCAUGGAGAUGAGUCCGUGGUUCCAGUUCAUGCUGUUUAUCCUGCAGCUGGACAUUGCGUUCAAGUUGAACAACCAAAUCAGAGAAAACGCAGAAAUUUCCAUGGACGUUUCCCUGGCUUACCGUGAUGACAUGUUUGCUGAAUGGACUGAAAUGGCCCAUGAGCGAGUACCGCGGAAGCUCAAAUGCACCUUCACAUCUCCCAAGACUCCAGAGCAUGAGGGCCGUUACUAUGAAUGUGAUGUCCUUCCUUUCAUGGAAAUCGGGUCUGUGGCUCAUAAGUUUUACCUUUUAAACAUCCGGCUGCCUGUGAAUGAGAAGAAGAAAAUCAACGUGGGGAUUGGGGAGAUCAAGGAUAUCCGGUUGGUGGGGAUCCACCAAAACGGAGGCUUCACCAAGGUGUGGUUCGCCAUGAAGACCUUCCUCACGCCCAGCAUCUUCAUCGUCAUGGUGUGGUACUGGAGGAGGAUCACCAUGAUGUCCCGACCCCCGGUGCUUCUGGAAAAAGUCAUCUUCGCCCUCGGGAUUUCCAUGACCUUCAUCAACAUCCCGGUGGAAUGGUUUUCCAUUGGGUUUGACUGGACCUGGAUGCUGCUGUUUGGAGACAUCCGGCAGGGCAUCUUCUACGCCAUGCUCCUCUCCUUCUGGAUCAUCUUCUGUGGUGAGCACAUGAUGGAUCAGCACGAGCGGAAUCACAUCGCAGGCUACUGGAAGCAAGUCGGACCGAUCGCCGUUGGCUCCUUCUGCCUCUUCAUAUUCGAUAUGUGUGAGAGAGGGGUCCAACUCACGAACCCCUUCUACAGUAUCUGGACCACAGAUGUUGGAACAGAGCUGGCCAUGGCCUUCAUCAUCGUGGCCGGGAUCUGCCUGUGCCUCUACUUCCUGUUCCUGUGCUUCAUGGUGUUCCAGGUGUUUCGGAACAUCAGCGGGAAGCAGUCCAGUCUGCCAGCCAUGAGCAAGGUCCGGCGGCUUCACUAUGAGGGGCUAAUAUUCAGGUUCAAGUUUCUCAUGCUGAUCACCUUGGCCUGUGCUGCCAUGACUGUCAUCUUCUUCAUUGUUAGUCAGGUGACCGAAGGCCACUGGAAAUGGGGCGGUGUCACGGUCCAAGUGAACAGUGCCUUUUUCACGGGCAUCUACGGCAUGUGGAACCUGUACGUCUUCGCUUUGAUGUUCUUGUAUGCACCAUCCCAUAAAAACUACGGAGAAGACCAGUCCAAUGGCGAUCUGGGCGUCCACAGUGGGGAAGAACUCCAGCUCACCACCACGAUCACCCAUGUGGACGGCCCCACCGAGAUCUACAAGCUGACCCGCAAGGAGGCCCAGGAGUAGGAGGAGCAGGCUGCAGCGCCGGCUGGGACGGCCUCGCCACACCCAGCCCCCUCCUCGAGCAGGGCGCCCACAAGCUCGGCGUACGGACGAGUGCCCGUGGCUCUCGGCUGUGGUUCUUGGACCAGCGGCUCAGACGUUUGUCAGUCUGUCUUCUGACAGUUGCUUUCAGAGGAAGAGCCCUGCAGCCACUGAUGCGUGGUGUAUGAUAACAGGAACUCUGGUAUGACACGUUUUCUGUGGUCAUUGUUAACUCGUGACAUAGCCACAUCGGGUGGUUAGCAAGCCUCGUGUGUUGGGGCUGUACUCCUUGGGGAUGGUUUGGGCCAGGUAGGGAGUGGAAUAUUUGACUUUUCUCCUAUUUUAGAGGCUAGGUUCUAUUUUAACAUCGCUGGCAUAAUUUGUCAAGGUUGACUGGUGUCAUAGUCUUCUCACUCCUAAUCCAUGAUCACUUUUUUUUGUCUAUUUAUAUCACCAAGUAGCCUACUGAGUAAUAUUUAAGUUGCCGAUAGAUAUGUAUCCCUGUUUUUUUCUGUGGCGUAAUGUAACCGAAUUUCAUGAGGAGUUCGAUUCCACCAGGGGUAUUUCAGCUUUGAAACCAAAUCUGUGUAUCUAAUACUAACCAGUCUGUUGGAUGUGGGCUUUUAAAAAUGUUUGCUAAACUUCCCAAGUAGGAUUUAUUGUAUUAAACGGCCUUUGGGUCUGAAAAGCUUUUUUAACCUCUUGCUUAAGAUGUGUCUUAUUUUGAUAAGAUGCUUCAAACAACCUCCCCGAGUGUAGAUCCCAUCUCUUAAAUAAACCCGUGUGAAUA